UUAAACUUUGAAUAUUUUAAUAAAUUAUUUUAAAUGACAAAAAAUUAUUUACCGAAUAUGCAGUUGAAAAGGACAUAAUUGCAUAAUCUUAUAAUGGACUAUAUUUUUUAAGAAUCUCAAAACCAGCGAAAAAGAAAAUAUAAUAUGUACAUACAUUCAUACAUAUGUUUACAAACUAACAGUUAUUCUAGAUCAUUUCUUCAAGAAAAUUUAAAUUUUAUUAAGUGUCAUUAUAUUUCUAUAUCGUCAAAUAACAUAGUCUGCAAGUACAUGUAUAAUACAUAUUUUAUUAUAAUGAUAAUGAUUACAUUUAUGUUAGCAAAAGUUAUAUCUCAUUUGAUUUAGAACGUUGACUAUUAAAUUUAUUUAAAUUAUUCAAACAGGCAUUAUCUUUAUUAUUAUUUACUAAACUAAAUAAUUGUAUUUAUUUACUACAUCAAAUUUUAUACAAGUUUAUUUUAAAUUUCUUAUCUGCAACUGGUAAAGAGCAUCACUAAAGACCUCUCAAUAUUUCAAAAUGUAAAAUGAAAAUAAAAAAAUUGAAAAAAAAAAAAACAAAAUUUGUGACUAUGAGCUGAAAAAAGUGAAUUUCAUAAACCUUAUCUCAAAUUAAACAUUCUUACAAAAACGUUUGAAACGUACAGGUCUUUUUGUUAUUUAAUAGUUAUAGGUUUGACUUUGAAAAAUGUCUUUAGUUUGCGUAGCAGAUUAUGAAACCAAGGCAAAAGAACUUCUUGAGAAGAGCGCAUUGGGCUACUAUGCAAGUGGAGCAGGGGAUGAAUUUUCAUUAAAACUAAACAAAAAUAUAUUUCAAAAAUAUCGUUUGAGACCGCGUUGUUUAGUAGACGUUAGUUCAAUUGAUUUAACUUGCAAAGUCUUAAACAAAACUUUUGAAUGGCCUUUGGGAGUAUCACCUACAGCAAUGCAAAGAAUGGCUCAUCCAGAUGGUGAAGUUGCAAAUGCUAGAGCAGCUGGUAAAUUAGGGAGUAUUUUUAUUUUAAGUACUAUCGCCACAACAUCCGUAGAAGAAGUCGCGGAGAAAGCACCUAAUACUACGAAAUGGUUUCAAUUAUAUAUCUAUAAAGACAGAAUAAUAACCGAAAACUUAAUUCGGCGUGCAGAAAAAGCUGGUUUUGAAGCCCUUGUUUUAACUGUGGAUGCUCCAGUUUUUGGCGCAAGACGAGCUGAUAUGAGAAAUAAAUUUGAACUACCAUCACAUUUAUCUUUAAAAAACUUUAAUGGUUUGUUUGCAAACAGCUUGAAUGGCGAUAGUGAUAAUGAAAUUUCUGGAAUUAAUGCCUAUGUUUCUAAACAAUUUGAUCCCACUUUAACAUGGAAGAGUGUCGAAUGGUUAAUAAAAUUUACAAAGCUUCCAGUGAUUGUAAAAGGUAUUUUAACAAAGGAAGAUGCAAUUUUAGCUAAAAAUUAUGGUUGCUCUGGAAUAAUUGUAUCGAAUCAUGGUGCAAGACAAAUUGAUACAGUACCGACAGCCUUAGAAGUGUUGCCAGAAAUUGUAAAGAGUGUUGGUCACGAACUCACUAUAAUGGCAGAUGGUGGUUUCUCGAAUGGAACUGACAUAUUUAAAGCAUUGGCAAUGGGUGCCAAAAUGGUAUUUGUUGGUCGGCCAUGUUUAUGGGGAUUAGCUGUUGACGGUCAAAAUGGGGUUGAGAGCAUUCUCAGAAUACUAAAACAAGAUUUUGAAAAAACAAUGAGAUUGAUGGGUUGUAGAAAAAUUUCAGAUAUUUCGAAAGAAAUGGUUGUGCAUGAAAGUUUUUAUGCAAAAUUAUAGUUAAAAUUUUUACAUUACACAAUGCUAUAAACAAUUACCAGAAUAAAUUAUUACUAUAAUUUUUCUGAAGUGAUAUUUUUGAAUUUAAGAUUUAAUCACCUUGUAAAUUCCAUAAAAAUCAUAAAUUUUGAACUGAACCUUAAGAAAUACAAAUUUUAGUACAUAAUUUGGGGAAAAUUUUUCUUAAAAUAUG